GUGUCUUGAGAUAAGACUAUGGAUUAUGGUAUUAGGCUGGAAAGAGGCUGGCAAAUAUGGACGUCGUGGGGUAGUCAUCACAGUUGUGAACGAUCUAAUAUCUGGCAAAUAUCUUUUUGAAUAAAGACAUGAGAACCCACAAACAUUGGACUCGAUCCUGAUUACUUGUUGUAUGGAGUGUCAACGCUACAUUUGGCGACGAGAUAGUGGAAGCCAGGUCAGAAAAGACGUCGAUUGUGAGUAUGGCUCAUGAAAUUGCUCCAGUGUCGCAAUUCGACCCGCAUGGGACGGCAGCGAGUACGCAGUGGCGUAAAUGGAUCCGUGGGUUUGAGCUGUACGUUGCGGGGAAAGGAAUUACUGAUGUGGGGCAAAAAAGGGCUCUGUUGUUGCACAGUGCAGGGCCAGCAGUGCAAGACAUUUUCUUCACGCUAGAACUACAACAGGGAGCUGAUGAGUAUGAGCAAACAAAGAAAACGCUUGAUAAUCAUUUUAAGAGACAGGUGAAUGUGCCUUAUGAGAGAUAUUGCUUUCGGCAACUGAAGCAAGAUGCCAAUGAAACUGUAGAUGAGUUUGUUGUGAGGUUGAGGCAGCAGGCAAUGUUGUGCGAGUUCCAUGAUUCGGACGAACAAAUCAGGGAUCAAGUGGUGGAAAAAUGCAGUUCACAUAAACUCAGAACAAAAUUAUUGGAGAGAGGUGCUGGUUUAUCUCUACGAGAGUUAAGAGUGAUUGCAUCUACAUUUGAAGCAACCCAGACGCAAAGCCAACACAUGAUGGAUCGCAGUACCAGUAGAGCAUCAGCUGAGGUCCGGGCUGUUCAGGCUGGAGGUCUAGGUCGGGCGCGACAUGCUGCAAGUGAUCGUCCAUCGAGUAAGACGGGGAAGUCAUGUUACCGAUGCGGGAAAACAGGACACUUCGCGAAAGACGACAAUUGCCCAGCGAGGAAACAGCAAUGCAAUAAAUGUGGUAAAACUGGACAUUUCGCUAUUUGCUGUAAGUCAGUUGCAGAUACGGAAGCACAAGAUAGAAGGAAGAAUGAUGGGAAAACUGGACAUUUCAAGAAGAAAUCAAAGAAAUCUAAAGGACACAUUCGUAAUGUUGAAAAGAAACAGUGUUCCUGUAAUCAUGGUACAUGUAACAAUACUGGUAGGUCAAGGAAUGAGGAAGAUUCUGAUGAUGUUUAUGCAUUUUAUGUCAAUAGUAUCAAUGCAAGUAAAUGUGCAAAGGUAGAUGUAAACAUAGGAGGUGUUGUGGUCAAGAAUAUGAUUAUUGACAGUGGGACAGAGGUGAAUAUCAUUGAUUCUGGUACAUGGGAGAAUAUGAAAAAAAAUAAUGUUGAAUGUAGAUCGGAAUUAACCUCUCAAAAGUUAUAUGCCUAUGGUUCAGAGGUGCCCUUGAAGUUAAAAGGGAAGUUCGUAGCUAAUGUCGCUGUUACAGGUAUGGAGGUGCAUGACACAAACUUCUAUGUGUUAGAUGGUACAGGUCAUUGUUUGCUUAGCAAGCAAACAGCAGAAAAGCUGGGUAUUCUCAAAUUUCAGAUACCAAGUCAGAAUGUUGGUAUGGUAGAACUUGAUAAUUAUGGUAACCUGUUUGAGGGAAUAGGUAAGUUGAAGGAAUACAAGCUGCACCUACACAUAGAUACAGAAGUAGAACCUGUGACACAGAACAUGUAUCGUAUUCCCUACAGUCUUAGAGACAAAGUGAGUGAGAAGUUAGACGAGUUAGAGUCUCUUGAUAUUAUUGAGAGAGUAGAGAGCCCGAGUGAGUGGGUGAGUCCGGUCAUAGUAGUACCCAAGCCAAAUGGAGAUAUUCGUCUCUGCGUGGAUAUGCGGCAGGCGAAUCGCGCAAUCCAGAGGGAACGUCACCCGAUUCCUACAGUAGAUGAGGUUCUUUAUCAGAUGAAUGGUAGUACAGUCUUUUCGAAGUUAGAUCUGAAAUAUGGGUAUCACCAGAUAGAGCUUGAUAGUCAGUCACGUGAGAUAACUACAUUUGUCACACAUAAAGGGCUAUAUAGAUACAAGAGGUUGAUGUUUGGCAUCAAUGCUGCUCCUGAGAAGUAUCAGAAUGUUAUGAGUCAUGUGCUGAGCGGUUGUGAUGGCGUGGCCAAUAUCUCAGAUGAUAUAGUCGUGUAUGGUCGCACCAGAGAAGAGCAUGAUUUGAGGCUUCAUCAGGUAUUGUCACGGCUGAGAGAGAAGAAUUUGACCUUGAAUAAGGAAAAGUGUACAUUUGGGUCGGAGAGGAUUACCUUCAUGGGUCACACUCUGAGUGCUAAGGGAGUCCAGCCAACCCAUGACAGAGUUGACGCAUUGAGGAAUGCCGGAAAGCCGAAGACGUCUGCUGAGGUUCGAAGUUUUCUUGGGCUAGUGAACUUUUCUGCUAGAUACAUUGCUAACUUGGCAACAAUUGCUGAACCUUUGCGCAGAUUAGUCAGGAAGAAUGAGCCUUUUGUUUGGGGACCAGAACAAGAUGAGAGCUUCACUCAGUUGACCAUGGCCUUGACUGAGGGAGAGGCAUUAGGCUAUUUCCGACUUGAUGCGGACAAUACUCAGUUGGUGACGGAUGCCAGUAACGUUGGUCUUGGGGCCGUGUUGUUGCAAACCUAUCAAAAUGAAACUCGAGUCAUCAGUUACGCAAGUAGAUCCCUCACGGAUGCUGAGAAACGGUAUUCUACUACCGAGAAGGAGGCUCUUGGAGUUGUCUGGGCAUGCCAGAAAUUUCAUAACUACCUGUAUGGAGUACACUUUGAGCUGUUAACGGAUCACAAACCUUUGGAAGUUCUGUAUGGACCGAAGUCUCGACCUAACGCUAGGAUUGAACGUUGGGUUACGAAGUUGAUGUCUUACACGUUCUCUGUGAAGUAUUUGCCUGGUAGACAGAAUAUUGCUGACAUUUUGUCGCGGCAACCUGUGAUGUCACAGGGUGACGAAUCUAGAAUUUCUAGUCUUCAAAGAGAUGCAGACAUGUACGUCAGAUGGCUGGCAGAGGAAGCUACACCCAAUGCUUUGUCAACUCGGGAAGUUGAAGAAGCCUCCAAGGACGAUGAGGAACUGAAGUUGGUCCGAGAAAGCUUGGAGAACAAUGAGUGGGGAAAAGAAGUGGUUCCAUUUGCUGCGUUCAGGAAUGAAUUCAGUUGCAUAGGAUACCUCUUGCUCAGAGGAACCAGGAUUGUCAUUCCGAAGAAGUUACGUAAGCAGUGCGUAGCUUUAGCACACCAAGGUCACUUAGGCGUGGUAGGGACGAAGCAAAGGCUUCGUACAAAGGUUUGGUGGCCACAGAUGGAGAAGGAAGUAGAACGCUAUGUCAAGGCAUGCCAUGGAUGCCAAAUAACAGCAGCGAUGCCUUCUCCAGAGCCACUUUGCCCUACGCCAUUGCCAACGGGACCUUGGCAAGCUGUUGCUAUUGAUCUGUUGGGUCCGUUGCCAUCGAAGGAUUAUAUCUUUGUUGUGGUGGACUAUUAUAGUCGCUAUUAUGAGAUUGAUAUCAUGAAAGAUACCUCAAGUGAUAGGAUCAUUGAGUCGUUAGAGAAGAUGUUCUUACAGCAUGGUCUCCCUAUCAGUAUCACUUCUGACAAUGGACCUCAGUUCAUUUCCCAGAAGUUCGAAGAAUUUCUCUGCAAGAAUGGAGUAGAGCAUAGGAAGGUUACGCCUCUACAUCCAGCAGCUAACGGAGAAGUUGAGAGGCAGAAUAGGUCAAUCAUGAAGAGAGUUCGCAUUGCACAAGCUGAGAAAAAGGACUGGAAAAGAGAGGUCAGACAGUACAUGUUCGCGUACCGCACUACACCACAUAGUGUAACUGGAGUUACACCAGCGGAAAUGAUGUUUCAGCGUAAAUUGAGAACCAGACUACCUGAAAUGGAAGAGAAAGUGAGGUUGGAUGAAGAAGUCAGAGACAGGGAUGCAACAGGAAAGCAAAGGAAUAAAGUGUACAUUGACCAGAAGAGAGGUGCAAAAGAGAGAGAAUUUCAUGUGGGAGAAGAAGUGUUGUUGAAACAGACAAAGAUUGACAAAACUAGUACACCAUUCCACACAGAACCGUACAAACUGAUAGAGAAAAGUGGGAACAGUGUAGUGGUAGAAUCCUCAGAGGGGGUAAGGUACAAAAGGAACAGCACGCACAUUCAAAAAUACAACAGACCUGAUUCAGAGAAAGAUGAACAUGAAGACAACUCAAAAACACCAACAGAAAUGACACAAGACAAAGAAGUAGGUAAUGCUUCUGUAGCUAUCAGUAGGCCAGUGCGAGAGAAAAGGUGCCCCAAAAGGCUAGAUGAUUUUGUGUUAUACCGUUAAUGUCUUUAAUGCAGAUUCAUGCAUUGUCAUGAUUUGUUUAGCUUUAUAGUUGUCAAUUCAAGCAAAAGAAAUCAAACAAAGGAGAAAUUGCAAAUUUUGAAGAGUUGAAGUUUGGGUAUGUAUCUUCAUCACCUGUGUACAAUUAUGUAUGGUUAUGUAAUGUUAUACUGCUAAGUAACAGUUUGACAUAAAAAGGUUUUAUUAUGUUAUAAUAGAUACAUACAAUCUUCUGUUGAAAGAAACAUGAAGUUGAAGCAUAAAUGUUUCAGUCAUUUAAGUGUUAAUUGAGUUAUAAAUGGGUAUAUGUAUGAGUUUCUAAACAAAACUCACGAGCAAAAACAGUAUUUUCAAUGAUUACUCGAAAAAACCUGGAAGUUUUUACACAUUUACAUUAAGGUGAAAGUAAAUUAGUACUGGAUAUUACUAUUCAUUCACUAUUACAUUCUUCAAACAAAAGCAGUAAAUUCGUUUCAUUCAAAACAUAUUCCUAGACUCUUGUACUAUGUUUUGGUAUUGGUCGCAGUUGCAAACAGGUUUCUAAUGACAGAGGCCUUGGAUAUUAUUUUGUAUAUAGAUGUACAUAAACUGAUAUGUAGUUGAUAACACUUUGCUUACAAACAGGUGUUUAGUUAGUUCAAAGUUAAAAUAGUGUUUGUCUUUAAAAAAAAAAAUGUAUAUACAGUUGGGUUGGAAUACUAUAUGACAUUGUGAACAACUUCAAAAUAAGUUUUCACUUCGUGGAUGUUUAGAUCUUAGAAAGGGAGGAGAUGUAGUGUCUUGAGAUAAGACUAUGGAUUAUGGUAUUAGGCUGGAAAGAGGCUGGCAAAUAUGGACGUCGUGGGGUAGUCAUCACAGUUGUGAACGAUCUAAUAUCUGGCAAAUAUCUUUUUGAAUAAAGACAUGAGA